CCCUGUUUGGAGAUGGCGAACCCCACCGGACUCUCUUUUUUUUUUUUUUUUUUUUUAAUCGUAUGUCUAAUUUUUGUUUUGUUGGUGUCCUGUUCCUUCAACUUCCUUGUGAUUGCUUUUUUUUUUUUUUUUAAACCAUAAUUAAUGCUUGUUUUGUUGCUGUCCUGUUCUUUGUCAUUGCUUGGUUCCCUGCACGCUGGUAUCAGCCUCGGUCGGUAGCAUUUCGGACCUGUUUUGCGAUGGCGAACCCCACCGGACUUUUGUUGAUCGCAUUGAUCGCCACGUCAGCGCUAAGCUGGACGACCACGACCGUGGAUGCGGAGCCCAUAAAGCUGAGCAAUGCCGACUUCGACGAGCAUGUGCAGGAGGAUGGCAAAAUUUGGUUCAUUAAGUUCUUCGCCCCGUGGUGUGGGCAUUGUAAGAGAUUGGUGCCAGCCUGGGCGGAGCUGGAUGAGACGAUGGCUGGAGAUGACACGUGGCGGAUUGCCCAUGUCGACUGUACGACGAAUAAGGAAGUCUGCACCAAGCACGAGAUUAGGGGAUACCCUACACUCAAGGUUUUCCAUAACGGGAAAGAGUUCAGGCGAUACACCGGCGCUCGUGAUGUCGAGUCUCUGAAGACCUUCAUCAACACCGUCACACACGAUUUGUGGCAGGCUGAGGGUGAAGCUGCUGCCCAUGACGAGGCCUAGACAAGGGGGGAGAGAGAGAGAGAGAGAGAGAGAGAGAGAGAGAGAGAGAGAGAGAGAGAGAGUUCCAAUAUUGGACAACACGUGCGAGGCUUUACUUUCACAGAAUACACGUGUCCUGUCCGUGGCUUGCGACAGAAAAGUCGCGACUACCCUUCUACCGAGAGAGAGAGAGAGAGAGAGAGAGAGAGAGAGAGAGAGAGAGAGAGAGAGAGGGUCCGAGAGAGAGAGAGAGAGAGAGAGAGAGAGAGGGUCCGUUUGGCAUAAAUUUAUCUGCGGAUCUACUGUUUUUUACAGUUGCAUGGAUUCGAUUGGUUGACAUUGUGUGCGUAGGGAGUGGAUAAGGAAGGGGAGGAAAAAAGGAGGUGAGGAAGAUGGGAGGAAAAGAGGAUUUUUUACUGUUGUGUGGAUUUGCUUCUGGUGUAAUUUGAUUUGUUGUGUGAUGUCGAGUUUGUGGGGGAGAAAGCAGCUGAAAGCUCACGGCCAUCGUUUUCCCUUGUUGUUGGAACCUGCUGAUCCUGCACUCGGCUGGAGAUGGUAGAGCUGGAAGUAGGGGGUGUAGAAGGGUGGAAUGGUUCAGAUAUGGUUACUAGGUGGUUUCAUUUUCGGCGAAUUUUUCACAGAAACUGCCAUAUUUCCCCGAAUU